AUGGAGCCGGGGAGAAAGAAAUCAUCAUCUUCUCCAUCUCGUACUCCGAUAAUCAGUCGUGUUUUUCCAGUUUCUUGGUUUUCAAAGUUGAAGCAAAAAAGUGUCGGCCCCGAGAUUAAGCCAGCAAAGAAACAACAGAGACGUAAACGAGAUUUUCCGCAAGCUGGUAGGAGAGUAGCGAGAUUCUAUGACGACAGUGACGAUGAUGCUUAUUUGAGGCUUUCGUUUCGUAAAGAGACGAGAACAGAAGACGACAAUGCGAGUGGAACUAACCCUAUUUGGUAUGAUUCUGAUUAUGAGUUCAAAGUUCCGAUUUCAAGUUUUAAGGGCUUCGGUUCGAGAGAAAUGGAAGCACAAACAAGAAAAGAUCACAAACGAAGUACAAAACAGUUCGAGGGACGAGACGAUAGUCUGACAGAAGCCGGGAAAAUCGAGAAAAACGGGGGAUCUCGUAGCAGAAAAACUGAGCAAAACAGAGCGAAAGCUUGUUCAGUAAAAAAGGAAAACAGAAUUAAAGUGUUGGAAGAGAAGAAGAAAGUGAAAAAGAAGUUCAAGAAGAGAGAAGCAAAGGAGCAAGAAGGUGGUGAUAGUAGGACCGUUUUCGAUAGCUGUGCUGUAAGGAAGUGUUCUUUUAACCCACAACAGGACUUCAGAGAAUCGAUGGUUGAGAUGAUUGUCGAGAAAAGAAUCCAACGGCCUGAAGAGCUCGAAGAACUCUUGGUUAGUUAUCUUACGUUGAAUAGUGACGUAUACCACAACCUCAUCAUCAAGGUAUUCCAACAGGUAUGGCUUGAGAUUAGCAGGGGUAUUAACGAAAAUAAUACUAUACAUCCUAAAUAA